AUAUAUGCAUAUCUGCUAUUGAAAAUACGAUUGCAACAUCCAAUGAAGAAGAUAUCCAUCCAGUACCGUCUUCUGUAUCAUCUCCACCAUCAUCCCCAGUAUCUGCAAUACAUGCUAAUAAUGAAAAUAGCAGCGAAUCAGAGUAUUUGCCUUCCAAAGAUGAAUUACGUACAUUAGAACGUAACGAAUUAAAACAAAAAGAAAAAUCAGUUUUACGUACAACUAUAUCCUCAGUAUCAAGUAUUGAUGUCUCGGCAGGAAAUAUUAGUACAUCUGCAUGCAACGAUGAAGAUAUGUAUGUAGAAAAAUCUAAUGCAAAAGUGAUCAAACAAAACUGCUGCUAUUUCUGCCUAAAAAUGCAGACACAACUUCCACGUCAUUUGGAAACUAUACACAGCAAUGAACCUGAAGUAAAAAAGUUUAUCGUAUUACCUAAAGGCAACCCAGAAAGAAAAAAAAUAAUCGAUAUUAUUCGAAGAAAUGCAUGUGGAAAAUGUAAAGGUUUUUUUUCAAAAAACACCAUACGUCACCAUUCUCGAAAGUGCUUUAAAAAAGAUUUUAGUAAACGUAAAUGUGUCAUGAUUAUGGGCAGACAAGUGACUUGCAGAAUACAUCCUUUAGCAAAUGAAACAUUAGAAAAAACAGUAUUUCCAGUAAUGCGGGAGGAUGAAGUAACAAGAAUUAUACGUUAUGAUGAAUUGUUAAUAACAUAUGCAAAUAAGUUAUGUGUAAAGUACACAGCACAACACCAGCAUGAUAUGAUACGCGCAAGGUUGCGCCUUCUUGGUCGAUUUCUUUUGGCUUUGAAAAAAAUUAAUACAAGUAUUGAUGAUUUCAAGUCACUCUAUUAUCCGAAAGUAUAUGACGAUUGUAUUUCUGCAAUUAAUAUAGUAGCAGGAUACGAUAAGGAAGAACAUGUUUAUAAAACUCCAGCAGUAGCAGCAAACUUAGCAACACUACUUAAACAUGUGGGAAAUCUACUUACUGCCGAAUAUAUAAAGACAGAGGAGUCAGACAAAAAGAAAUUAGUAAAAGAUUUUUUAAAGCUACUAGUUGUCGAUAUAGGAACGAGCGUUAAUAAAACUGUCAUCGAAACACAGUCAGCUCAUAAAAGACGUAAAAAAGUGAAUCUCCCAUCAAUGCAAGAUAUUAUGAAAUUGUAUAAGCAUUUGGAAAAAGUAAGACGAGAAGCUUAUAUAACAUUGGAAAAGAUCUUUUCUUAUGAAAAUUGGGUUUCUUUAGCAGAAGCAACAUUAACAUCAAUCCACGUAUUCAAUAGACGAAGGGCAGGAGAAAUAGAACGAAUACUUAUUGAAGAUUUUAAAAAUUAUGAAACAAUAAAUGAAAACAUGUAUAGCGAUAUAUAUACAUCAUUAUCAGAGAAGAACCGAAAAAUAGCAGAGAAUUAUAGUCGAUUCUGUAUAAGAGGUAAAUUGGGACGUACCGUGCCUGUGCUGUUGACGAAUGAACUGCUGAAAUGCAUUAAUCUGAUUUUACAAUUUCGUACACAAGCCAAAGUACCGCAGAAAAACCCAUAUGUUUUUGGACUACGUGGUUACAACAAAAAUAGAUACAGAUACCUAAGAGCUUGUCUUUUAAUGCGCAAAUUUGCACGAGAAUGUAAUGCAAUUGAAUCUUCAAGUUUACGUGGAACGAUUUUACGAAAACACGUAGCAACUCAUUGCAUACAAUUGAAUCUUAAUGAUGUCGAUGUUUCUGAUUUGGCCACAUUCAUGGGACAUGCAGAAAAAAUACACCGAGAACAUUACAGACAACCCCUAGCAAGCAGGGAUAUUCUUAAAAUAUCACAAUAUUUAGAGGCAGUUCAAGGUAAUAUGCAAGAAUCUUCAUCGGGCAGCAAAGACGAAGAAAAUGAAGAAGGACCACCAGAUGACAAUAGUCUAGAUAAUAAUAGUCUAACAACGGAGUAUAUAGAUAAAGAAAAUUCUUCAUUAA